AUGUCUCCCGUACCUAGAACACCUCCGCCAGAGCCGUCACCUGACUCAUCUGAUGGAUUCCACUCUCUGCCUCACACAACUCCACGACGGGGCUUGACUCCUGCGAUUGCUUACGGACUCGACGAUGAAGACGACGUCAAAUUGACUUCGCUCUCGGGCCAUGAGAUAUUGGAAAAGCAUUAUCAAAUGCCUCAGAUGCCCACCUGGCCAUCGCCCUUUGACUCUCCAACAUCAGACAGGAUGAGCUCAUCGGCUUCCAAAUAUCCCUGGUUCCAGGAGAAUAUCGUCAAAUCCGUACGCAUGACGGAACACCCACCAGACUGGCGCCUUUCGGCAUGGGGCACACCAUCUCGCUCCUCCAGCGGACGGGAGGGUCGGGCACAGCAGUCUUACUCCGGGGGUACAUUCGUUGGCUACGGCAACAACCCUAAGCGGAUACGGUAUCACGAACAUGAUCCUGUCCGGCGGUUCCUUGCUGCAGAGCUCCAUCGAAUGGCAGACAGUCCACCUAGUCAAAACAACGCCACCAAUACCGAAUCACCUACAAUACCUCAAUCCCCCAACCAGGCGCCAAAAUCUCGUAAGAGAGGCGCCACCGCAGUUGAGAAUCAAGACAAAGAUCUCGACGCAGCGAUUAGGGAGAACGGUGACGAGGACUGGAUGGACACCAAACUAGUCCCUGGCAUGGCUGAACUCGAGCUUUCUCGCAAAAGUCCAACCCCGAGAGGGCGGCCCUCAAAGCGAGCAAAGUACACCGAAGCAGACUCAGACUACGAGGGCAUUACCGACUGUCCUCAAACCAGUUAUUAG